CCGGAAGUCUAAACAGAUUGACUUUCGACCACGAAGAACAGUUAUUUAGCCUUUAUUUCUUUACCAAAUAUAUAUUUUACGACUCUUAGCCAUGCAAACGUGGAGCCUCGUGUCUAUUUGUAUUUUGCUUGGAGUUGUUGUGAGAUGGGGCGUUUCGUUAAAUUCUUAUUCAGGGGCGGGGAAACCACCCAUGUUUGGGGACUAUGAAGCUCAAAGACACUGGCAAGAAGUAACCUACAAUCUCCCUGUUCACGAAUGGUACUUCAACACCACAGACAAUGACUUGAACUACUGGGGUCUUGACUACCCUCCUCUGACAGCCUACCACAGCUUAAUAUGUGCAUAUAUAGCCAAGGUGAUAAACCCUGAGUGGGUGGAGCUCCACAAGUCCAGAGGUUAUGAAAGUCCAGCACAUAAGUUAUUCAUGCGAUCAACAGUUCUUGUAGCAGACUUGCUGAUAUACAUCCCUGCUGUGGUUUUAUACUGUUUAUAUCUAUGUGAUGGAUCCUCUAAGAAAAAGGCAUGUAUUCUCCUCUGCUUCUUGCUUUACCCUGGGCUGAUUCUCAUUGAUUAUGGGCAUUUCCAGUACAAUGGAGUGACUGGGUUGGCUCUGUGGGCCGUUGUUGCUCUCGGUCUGGGCUGGGAUGCUUUGGGCUCCAUGGCUUUCUGCCUGGCUCUCAACUACAAACAGAUGGAGCUGUAUCAUGCACUGCCCUUCUUCUUCUACCUACUGGGGAAAUGUGUCAAACUGGGCCUGAUGGGACGGGGGCUUUUCCUGCUGUUGAAAAUCGCUGCAACAGUGUUGGCGACUUUCGCUCUGUGCUGGCUGCCCUUCCUGUCCGACGCCAGCCAGGCCUUGCAGGUGGUCAGGAGGAUCUUUCCCGUGGCUCGUGGUCUGUUCGAGGAUAAAGUGGCCAACACAUGGUGCAGCUUGAACAUCCUGAUAAAGAUCAGGACCGUUCUGUCCGGUGACUCCCAGCUCUACCUCAGUUUUGCCUGCACACUCCUGGCAGUUUUACCUACCUCCAUCCGACUCCUGACGAAACCCACCUUUUGGCAGUUUAAACUGGCCCUGGUGAAUUCAUCUCUGGCAUUUUUCCUUUUCUCCUAUCAAGUCCAUGAGAAAUCCAUCCUCUUGGCCUCAUUGCCAGUCUGCCUCCUGUUCAACGACCUUCCAUUAAUAGUUAUUUGGUUCCUGCAGGCCUCAACAUUCAGCAUGCUACCUCUGCUUCUGAAGGACGGGCUGGUGAUGCCCUACGUUGUGACCUCACUGGCCUUCCUCUUCUUCAGCACGUAUCUGCUGUCUGCACUGCAGCGCUGUUCAGAGGAGGAGCUCAGAAUGGGAGCCUACAAGAAGCUCUUUUUCUUUCUACCCAAACUGGACCUGGCUUUCACUGUGAGAUGGAAGUUCUACGUCUGUACUGCAGGGAUGGCUGGAUUGAGCAUCGUCAGUGUGGCUUUGGCUCCUCCACCACAUUUACCAGACUUGUUUCCUGUGUUGGUGUCUGUUUUUUCUUGCAUGCAUUUUCUGGGGACAUUUGUUUAUUUCAAUGUGGUCCAGUUCAGUGAUACACCCAGCAGAAAGAGCCAGAAGAAGAUCAACUGAACACUGUAGUAGUAGUAAUAGUAGUAGACAAUUUUGAAAUCCGUUUGACCUGGGAAAGCUGGUGUUGUACACUAUGGUCUGUGUGGUUUUAAUGUGGUGGGAAGGGACUGAAUUUGUGUUGUCAUGUGCCACAGUGGUAAUGGUACAAAUGUUUAUGAAGAAGAUGUGUGGGUCGAGAAGAAAUGACUGUAUUAUUGAAUGCAAACUCAGAUCUGUGAUAUGUACUAACAGGAAAUGUUAGUGUUUAUUUGGACCAAAAAAAAAAAACAUACAUGAAAUCUAAAAUAAUCUGGUCGGAUACAAAUUCAAUCAAAUU